CAGUGCAGCCUUGGAGUGCGCGUGUGCCUUGGCUUCUUCAGUUUUGUGUCUCGAAAGGCAGCGUGCGCGUGCAUAUCGUUUAUACUGCAGGUGCUCUGUGCAGUUAGUGUUAUUAGUGUUAAACAUGGGACCGCGGCCGCGAAAAAGGUCGGAGGAGCAAUUGGAGAAGAAACGGCAGCGCGAGCGGGAGCGCAGAGCAAACAAGACUGAAGAGCAGCGGGAGAAGGAACGACAGCGUGAGCGUGACCGCAGGGCGGCCAUGAGUGAAGAGCAACGGGAGAAGGAACGACAGCGGGACCGGGACCGGAGGGCGGCCAUGAGUGAAGAGCAGCGGGAGAAGGAACGACAGCGUGAGCGUGACCGCAGGGCGGCCAUGAGUGAAGAGCAGCGGGAGAAGGAACGGCAGCGGGACCGGGACCGCAAGGCAGCCAUGAGUGAAGAGCAACGGGAGAAGAAACAACUGCUCCUGAGGACCCAGCGCUUGAAGCAGAGUACUGAGUACCACUCCCCCAUCCUCAUCAACGUGCUGCGGCGGCUCCACCGAGAACACGCAGAGAUGGACCGCUUUGCCUCCACGUCGUCCAUGUCCGUUGGUCCGGCGGCCAUGGAGGCCAUCGGCGACAUGGUGCAGCAAGGAGACUUGGACCAGGGCACC